AUGCCCGAGUCGGAAGAAGUGGUGGAGCCAUUGCACCUGGAGCUGGAGGACCGCGAGGUGUAUCUGGCCAAGAUCCCAACGGCGCUCGGAGCAUCGUGGAAAAAUGUACAAGAGAGUGAGCUCAUGUUGGGGUCCAUCAAACUGGAGAAGAAAAGCGUCCUCGGUCGUCGCAAGGGAAUGCUGACAAUAAAUCCGAGCGCACUGGAGACGGAUAUCCCGACCGAGUAUCGUGUGGAGAUCAGUGAGACUCCGCUGAAGCUCAAGGUGUUUUCACUGGACGGCUCUGGUCGAAUGGCUAUCGAAGGCACAGUAAAGAAUAGCUGUACCAUCAUGGCCCAGCGUAACGACCAGUACAGCAAGAUGUGCAAGCAACGACUGAUUAAGUCGAUGGUCAAGACGAGAAUUGUGCAGCCGCUAGAAGAUUUGCCGCGCGUGAAGAAGGCUCGAAUCCAGUUUACGAUUGAGAAGCCAGAUCCUGACGCCGAUGAGGAUGACGCCGAUGCAAAGCUACAGGACAAGUUGGACAAAAAGAUUAAGAUGAGCAAGGACGAGCUUAAGAAUCUCGUGUUCCACCACUUCGAGGAGCGCGAGUACUGGCCACUCAAGGAGCUCAAUUUCCACUGCCGCCAGCCUGAGUCCUUCCUGAAAGAGGUACUCAAGGAAAUUUGCAUCUACCACCGCAAGGGCCCCAACAAGAGCUGCUACGAGCUGAAGCCUCAGUACAAGGAUGGCGUCUCUUCGAAAGCGUAG